GCGUAAGGCAUCUGUCUUCGUUCCAACCGUGUUAUAUCGGUAGUUCAAUUUUGCAAGGGCAGGUCUGCCAAACCUUAGUGGAAGUAUACUCGUAAAGCCGCCUGCGGGUCAUAUCUGAUCUUCACCUCCAACAUAAAUUUCAUAAGAUACACGAGUUGUUGUUCUUGAAUUAGGGGGGCAAACCAAGAAAAAAUAAGGAAAAAAGCAGAAGAACAAGACCAAGCAUGGAGUCCACCCCAGAAAAUGAGUUCAAUCAGACUUUGCUAGAGCAGAAACGAUCCAUGUUGGAGGAAGUUAGCUCAGAGCUUGAGGAUGCGCUAUCGGAUACAAGCUUGUCACGGUGCCAGCGUCUCUGGCUGGCCGUUGGCAUUGAGAUAAAGACUCUUUUCCGGCUUGCUGCUCCGGCAUGUGUGGUUUACUUGCUUAACAACGUUGUUUCCAUGUCGACUCAGAUAUUCUGUGGCCAUCUUGGUAAUAUUCAGCUGGCAGCCUCUUCUCUUGGAAACACUGGUAUCCAACUUUUGGCCUAUGGACUCAUGCUUGGGAUGGGAAGUGCUGUGGAAACCCUUUGUGGGCAAGCAUAUGGGGCACACAAGUACGACAUGUUAGGUGUAUAUAUGCAAAGAUCAACAGUUCUUCUCAUGGCAACAGGAAUACCCCUAAUGAUGGUUUACAUAUUCUGCAAGCCACUUCUUCUUCUACUUGGUGAAUCAGAGGAGGUGUCAUCGGCAGCUGCCUUGUUCGUUUAUGGACUAAUCCCGCAGAUAUUUGCAUACGCAGCCAAUUUUCCCAUACAGAAAUUCUUGCAAGCUCAGAGUAUCAUUUUUCCAAGCGCAUAUAUUGCAGCCGGGGCAUUAGUCCUGCACGUUUUUUUGACUUGGAUUGUGGUGUAUGUACUGGAUUGGGGAUUAUUAGGGGCAUCGCUAACCUUGAGUUUUUCGUGGUGGGUAAUAGUGGUGGCUCAAUUUGUGUAUAUAUUGGUGAGUAAGAAAUGCAAGAAAACUUGGAAUGGGUUCAGUUGGAUGGCAUUUUCCGGACAAUGGAACUUCUUGAAAUUGUCUGCUUCAUCCGCUGUCAUGCUUUGCCUGGAGACAUGGUACUUUGAAAUAUUGGUUCUGAUUGCCGGUUUGCUUCCAAAUCCUGCUAUUGCAUUGGACUCUUUGGCUAUAUGUCAGACGAUCCAAGGAUGGGUUUUUAUGGUCGCAGUGGGCUUCAAUGCUGCAGCAAGUGUGAGGAUUAGUAACGAGCUGGGGGCUGGACAUCCCAAAUCGGCAGCAUUUGCGGUGGUGGUGGUGACCGGAAGCUCGCUUAUCAUCGCAGUGAUCUGCGCCAUCGCUGUGCUUCUUUUGCGGCAUGUCAUGAGUUAUGCUUUCACUGAAGGUGAAGUUGUCGCCAAUGCCGUCUCAGAUCUUACCCCGCUUCUUGCAGUCUCUAUUUUGCUUAAUGGGAUUCAACCAGUUCUGUCUGGUGUUGCUGUUGGGUGUGGAUGGCAAAAAUUUGUUGCUUAUGUGAAUGUUGGGUGUUACUACGUGGUGGGCGUUCCAUUGGGUGCACUUCUUGGAUUCAAAUUCAAUCUUGGUGCUCAGGGAAUAUGGUUAGGAAUGGUUGGAGGCGUGACCAUGCAAACUUUGAUCUUAGUUUGGGUCACUUUUCGAACCAACUGGAACGAUGAGGUGGAGAAAGCAAGGACUAGGCUGGACACUUGGGAUGACAAAAAAGAGCAACCUCUGCUAGAAUAGUUGACAUGCUUCUCUUGGAUCAAUAUAGCAAGCUCAAUGACUCCAUUACAUGCACUAAGAUUACCUUUUCCUUUUUGCUUUUGCAACUAUUGAGAUUGUGGGACUCAUAUUCUCAUUCCAAGGCUGAUGGCAUGGCCACAUAUUUUUUUAUGAUAUCAUUGACCAAUGAGAAGGGUGUUUUCCUGCAUGCCUUGAUUUGCUCCCUUCACUCCCUUGAUUUGCCUCCACAUUGUUGGGAUGGUAUAUAUAUGACAUUUUGCCAGCAUCAGUUUGUCUUCC